GGCGGCGGAGGGCGGCUGGGGCGGCUGUCGCCCAUGGUGUGCCCGCUGGCCAAGUUGGGCCGCGCGUCGCCCACGCCGUCGCCGUCGCCGUCGCCCGCCUUCGAGCCGUACCGCUACCAGCUGGAGCAGCCGCAGCAGCAGCCGCACCCCGGCUACCACCAGCCGUACCACGCCGUCGAGCACCAGGCCUACCACAAGCUCGGACACGCCUCCGCCGCCGACUCCCAGGCGUACCAGCUCCGCGCGUCGCCGUCGUUGGAGCACCAAGCGUACCACCACAAGCUCGGGAGGUCGUCGCCGGCGCUGGACCACCGCCAGGGCUACCACCACCAGCUGGAGCAGAGUUACCACCUGCUGAACCGCAGGUCGCCGUCGCCGUCGCCGCCGCCGCCCUGCUACCACCAGGCCUACCACCACAAGCUGGGCCGCGCGUCGCCGUCUCUAGAUCAGGGCUACCACACCCUCGUCUCCCCCAGCCCGGGACCCUCCACGCCGGGGCCCUGGGUCGAGCCUGCCAGCAAGACGAAGGCGUCGUCGUCGUCGUGCCGCAACCCGUGGGAGCGGCUGCCGGACGAGGCGGUGGUGCGCAUCUUCUCGUGGCUGGACGCGGUCGAGCUGAGCGCAUGCGCGCGCGUCUGCCGCCGCUUCAACGUGCUCGCGUGGCAGCCGCAGCUGUGGCGCGUCGUGCGCCUGCGCGGCGACCGCGUCUGCGCCGACAAGGCGCUGCGGGCAGUCCUCCGCAGGCUGGGCGUGCACGCGGCGGUGGAGCGGCUGCUGGUGAGCGACGGGGCGCGCGCCACGGACCGCGGCGUGGUGCUGGCGGCGCGCCGCUGCCCGCUGCUGACGCACCUGCAGCUGGCCGGCUGCGGCGCCAGCGUCUCCACCGGCGCCGUCGCCGAGGUCGCCACCCGCUGUGCCAACCUGCAGCACCUCGACCUCACCGGCUGCUGCCGCGUGUCGUGCAUCGGCGUGACGCCCGGCCCGGAACCGCCUCGCCGGCUGCUGCUGCAGUACCUCGACCUGACCGACUGCCAGGCCGUCGAGGACUCGGGCCUGCGCGUCAUCGUGCGCAACUGCCCGCAGCUCGUCUACCUCUACCUGCGCCGCUGCGUCCAGAUCACAGACGCGGGCAUCAAGUACGUGCCGAGCUUCUGCUCGAUGCUGCGAGAGCUGAGCGUGUCGGACUGCACGCAGGUGACGGACUUCGGGCUGUACGAGCUGGCCAAGCUGGGCGCGACGCUGCGCUACUUGUCGGUGGCCAAGUGCGACCAGGUGUCUGACGCCGGGCUCAAGGUGGUGGCGCGCCGCUGCUACAAGCUGCGCUACCUGAACGCGCGCGGCUGCGAGGCCGUCAGCGACGACGCCAUCGCCGUGCUGGCGCGCUCGUGCCCGCGCCUCCGGGCCCUCGACAUCGGCAAGUGCGACGUCAGCGACGCGGGGCUGCGCGCGCUAGCCGAGAGCUGCCCCAACCUCAAGAAGCUCAGUCUGCGCAGCUGCGACCUCGUCACCGACCGCGGCGUCCAGUGCGUCGCCUACUACUGCCGCGGCCUCCAGCAGCUCAACAUCCAGGACUGCCAGAUCUCCAUCGAGGGCUACCGCGCUGUCAAGAAGUACUGCAAGCGCUGCAUCAUCGAGCACACCAACCCCGGGUUCUUCUGAAUCGCGGUCUCGUCCACUGGAGAGCAUGGGCGACUGUCAAGGACUCGAGGAGCUGUUCUAAUAGUUGGCGCUGAACGUCACCUCCCAUUUGGGCACUAGGUGUCAGUGCCAAAAUAAAGAGCAACCAGACUAAAACCCUCUCCUGUCACCAUCAAGUACUGUGAUAACCUUGUAAGAAGUACACACACCAUCAAAAUUACUGCAAGCACACUGCAUAAUCGAGUACACCAAUCUGGAAUUCUUCAGAACUGCACUCUGCUGCGAUGGAUGUACUUCAGCACUGGCGACUGUCUAGGACUCCCUUGAAGAACUGCUCCAUUAAUUGUCCCAAUACAUAACCUGUCACUUGGGCAAUACCUAUUAGUGGCAGAAUGGCAAGCAUACUAUCUUACAUCAUUAGCCUACCUCCCAUCAAAUGCUGUGAUAACUUUGAGAAUUACAGUAAAAAGUUCCAAACAUGUAAAGAUGUAUUGCAGACGCCCUUCAUCGAGCACACCACCCCAGUCUUCUUCUCAACUGUGGUCUGGUCCACUAAGUGUACAUCAGCAUGAGCUGUUGUCAGUGACAGCCUCGAGAAACUCCUGUCGUUUGGUUACAAUGCGUCAGUGAUGGAGUCUUUCAGCCAACAACUUUGUCCUAGCACUAUUACAUAACGUGAUAAAUUUAGACUUAUUCUAAGAAGUCCAUCACUACAUUCACACGCAGAUCAACAGGACAAUCUUACCGUCAGUAUGGUAGGUAGAGAUCACCGUCAGAGGAUUAUGACUUUGAGUGAGCCCUGUCAACUCAGCUGCUCAUUGAGUAGCAAACAGUUGUUAGGACGAGGAAGGAGCUUCAAUAGUGAAUUUAUUGAUUUCGUUUGGAUAAGCAUUAUCAGUUGUAAAACUGAGACACUAAAAAAAAGGAAGGAAAAAAAAGCUGAGUACUCUGGCACUUGUUAAAUUUGGUGCUUUGUGAAACUAUAGCAUCCUCAAAAGAGUUCUCUGUCCCAGAAGUAUACUGCAAGUGAACAAAACAGAUUUUGAACCUGACAGACGUGUUGCUGAAUAUAACAUAUGAGGAAAGGGGCUAAAUAUAUCAACGGAUCUGAUGAACAUCAUUAUUCAGGGAAGCUGACGUGGAAGAAACAUAUCUGCAGUGUUCUGGGAUGUGGUUUUAUCUACACUGUAGUACGCCCAACUCUCAAUGACCAAAAUUUAACGAUUGUCUACGUUCUGUACAUUGCCAUGUUGUGGUUAUUAAUAAUGCCACUGACACUGGACUUGCAGGCAUAGUGACUACGUUUAUUGCAAAUGCUAUGAAUAAUUCGAAUCAUCAUCAUGCGCGUUGUUUCUGGGUUCUUAUGCAUCCAGUUAUUUAAAAAUAUAGUUAAAUUCAGCCAAUAAUCGUUGAAACCAAGGAAAUGAAAUAAGAAACUGUACAAUAGCUGUUUUAUUGAACGCAUAAGCGAGUUCUACUUUCACCACAACCAAGUGCACUGUCCAUUGGCCAACUAUCACUCUUCUCCCUUUCUUCACAGUAUUACAAGGCAUACAAUUUCAUAACUUUGAACUUAAUAGCGUUCAAAUCUAAUACACUUUCACUUCUGACACAAAGAGCAAAGUUGCUUCUAGUGUGAUUUCAAAUGGAAUGUGAUAACACACUGGUCAAUUUAACAUAAACAUGUGUGUGAAAUACAUUUGCUGUUAUGGCACUUGUUCCAAAAGAUUUGUGGGAGUUUUUAAUAAACUGUUUUUAACAUCAGGGUUGGAUUGCCUUCCAAAGGCUGCAAAAAUAUAAGAUGGCAUCUGGUUAACAGUAUACAUAUUUCUUUUCUUGAGGCGUUGUUUGAGUAAUUUAGUCAAUAGAGGACGAGAUUUUACAUAUUUGCUGAUUUUAACAAACUAUAAUGUAAAAAUAAUCUCCAUGAUUCAGUAACACACCUAUAAAUCAUUGUAUUCUUUAAUGAUUUAGCUCAUAUCUGUAGUGAAUCUGUUCAGCAGCGCUGAGUGUGUUGAGCAAAUACAAAAUUGAAUCCCUGGAUCAACUCACAUCCAUAAACAUAGAAAUAUGUGGUUAUUAAUUCCAGAUUCAUGCAAUGAAUUCUGGCUUGGUGCAGACAAUGUAAUGUAUCACUGGACUGGUUCCUCUGUCAUUGUGCAAAGUAAAAGCUACAGCGAUAUAAAUUUGUUGAAAACCAGCUACAGAAGUCGUCAUCAAGCAAGUUUCAUUUUUCUCUUGUGUCAGUAAUGACAAUUCUGUUGAGUUUUAGGCAGCCACACGUAACCUAUAUCACCCCUAACAAAUUUAUGAUUGAUGCUGUUAUUAUUUAUGUACUGAGAAACUGUGUUUUCAAAUGGAAAAAGAUUCCAUAAGUGAUAUAGAAGAUAUCUGAUAUUCUCUUUAUUCUCUUUAGCUAUAUCAAGAAGAUGUAGGUUAAUACUGAGACCACCAACAGAGACUUAUAUUAAGAAUCAAACAACUACUUCAUUUUACCCAUUGUUCAGUAGUUGUCAGCUUUUUACAGCAAUUGGGUAAAUGGAAAGGUACUUUACACCAUACUACUCAAUGUAAUUUAUUUAACAAAUGUUUAAAAUCCAUGUUUGAAAUAAAUAAAUUACAAUAAAAGAAUUUUGCAUAUGUAUUGACACAUCAUACUAAUGCUACAUGUAAUGAAAAUUGAACUCAGUUACAUUUGUUAUGCUCAGACAGAGUAAUUUUUCGUUUCAUUUAUCCCAAGAACAAAUGCAGGAUUUAUCAGCAGUUGAUGAAAUAAUCUUCAGUUUUCAUGUAUUAUUUGUCUUUGAAUUUAUGUAAAUACAAGUGUCUCGAAAAUAUUUUAUGUAAUUUUUUUCUUGUUGUGAAUGCUAUACAACAGAAACUAUUAAGAAAAAAUUACACUUAUGUCUGUUGAAGUGGAAGGGCAAAUAUGUAUGACCAGUGUCCUUAUCUGUAUUAUAAACAAUGUCAAGUCACUAAUUUAACUGUUUAUGAAAUGUGGACUUUUUAAAAAAACUGCCUGUUGUUUCCUCCAUUACAGCCUCUGCUAUCACUUAUUUCCAUUCUUAUUAUUGAUUGAAUGUUCAUAAAAUCCACCAGAACAAAAACCAAAUAAAAGAAACAGGCUUAUCUCCAACAAUUUGUUAAUCAUUUCUUUCAGACAGAUAUAAACUUGAGUUGAUUUAUAGAGUAUUUGCAUCAUUAUACCAUUUAAACUUAAUCUCUAAAAUAGUAUGUCUAUCAUUAAGAUUUUACAUACCAGCUCUUUACUUUCAUUUCACCACAUGAACAUAUCUUACAAUCAUUUACUCUCUAACACACUUCUCAGUAAAGUCAUAUGCAUUAUAUGUAGGAUGCAUGCCUCAAAUGAUGCUUCUUUAUUGUAUCCUUAUAUAGCAGCUAACCUUCAAGUCUAAAGUCUUUGCUUCUCAUGUGAUAAUCUCCAGUAAAUACAUUUGCACUGUUUACAGUAAGAUUGGUGUGCUAGUCUGCAAUGACAAAUUUGUCAAUAUCUUAAGGGAUUAAAUCAACACCUAUACUUGCUUGGUUCUGAAGUAAGAUUAUGACAUAUGUUCAAAGGACUCCUGCCGGAAAAUUAAUUCUGUAUUUAUCUGUUUACAUGACAAUAAAUGGGGAAUAGAGUGUACUUUUUUUAAAUUACUGAUGAAGUAAACAACAGUACUGUAACAGUGGUAGACAAUUGAUGUCCUGAGAAAGUGUCAGUGCCAGAAGUACAAUUACAUUCACAUACAACCAGCUCUAGUGAAGCAUAUUUCAGGGGAAAUAUGGCCAACAUAUCUUUAAGGAAAAGUGGGGCACAUUCCUUUUGAAAGACACUAGUUUGAUGAAUAAGAAUAAACAUUAUUUUUGACAGAUUUUUGUAAAAAGGACUACCAAAAACCUAGUGAAGGCUGAUAUUAAACCUGCAAUAUAACUUAUUUUUACUAUAUGUUUGUAAUUAUUUUUAAUAAAUACUUGUAACAACAUGUACAUGUUAAAGAAUGUAUAAAUGUAUAGGAUCUGGCAGAAACUUAAAAUGUAUAUAACAGAAGGAAAAUUGUAAAU